GCUGCACUGGCGUUCGUCUGAUCCGAACUCGAAAGGAUGCUGGCCGGCGAUAGCGAGACGGUGCUGUACAAGCGCGAGUCCAUCGGGCGCAAGGCCGUCGGCGUCUGCGCGCUCAUCGCGAGUGCGGCCACCGUGCCCUUCAAGGACGCGAUCGCAGGCAAAGUCGCAGGUGGCGUCGCGUGCAUGGUGCUCUACUUCUCCAUCAUGGACAUGUCGUACAGCUACAACGUCAAGCGCUUCACGGGCGUCGCCGGCGCCUUGACGCUCUUCAUUGCCGGCGCGUGGCUCGCCUUGAGCCCCGUCUUGCCCGAGUGCUCGGCGUCGACGUGCGCGGCUGCGUACGUUGCGAUUGUCUUUCUCUUCCUCGCCGCCGUCGUGCAGGCCACGUCGCUUCGGUUUGUGAGCCCGAGGGCGCCGUCCGUCUCCAGCGAAGACAUCUUUACGCGCAAGCGAGCUGAGGAGGUUCUCCAGUUCCAGCUGCGCCUCGAUGUCGUGUUUGCAGGCCUCUUCACGGUCGCCGCCAUCGUCAUGUCGUCUGUGGCGCCCAAUGCCACCUCGUUCGUCGUCGCAGCCUUUCUGCAGGCGCUCCAGACAGCAGGGACAUACGUCAUCCUGCAGAGCGUGCGCCGAACCGACACGCGUAUCGAGGCCACCUACAUCGAGUCCGUUUAGAGGACUCUUCUGUACUUUGUGUAAUCAAACGUGUCUUGUCAG